CAGACUCUUCUAAUAUGUUACUUGAACCCCGUGAAAUUUAUACUUUUGGGGGAAAGGGAAAACAAAAGGAUACGCAAAACAGAGAGAAAACCAGAGAGGGCCGAGACUUCAAUCUCCAUCCCUCAGUUCUGCAAGUUUUCAACCUUGGCGUAAGCUUCUUUUAUCUGCAGUAAUGGGCCUUGCCCCAACAAAGAGAGCAUCACCUCCUGAAGAUGAAACUGAGCAGCAAACGAACAGAACAUCGCUGGGAGAUGCUGCGAGUUCCAUUUUUGAAAGUGUUCCUCGCAAGCGCAGAUCAGACAUACCGGUCCGAUUAGGUAGGCAGUUUAUGACUGCUUCAGCUCUGAGCUUUGAGAGCUCUGUUUGCAGUCCAGAGGGAGAAAAUCCAGGCAUAAUCCAAGAGCUCCCGAGUAAAAAAGUUGCUGUAUGUAAGCGCAAAAGAAAAUCCACACCUGAUGUGAGUAUUGUCAAAAAAACCGAGGCAAACCCUUCCUCUUUUUGGAGCUUGCGAGUUCGUGGACGAAGAGGAGGUUUCUCAAGUUUCGCUCAGCAAGGGAAGUUGGAUGAUGCAACAUUCGAAGAAUUCAGGGCGCAUAUAUGGAGUACUUUCCCGGAAGAGAGCAGGAAAUCAUUCUCGUACCUCGAUAGCUUGUGGUUUAACCUGUAUGCCGAGGAAAAAGCUCCGAAACAAAAGGUGCUGAAUUGGAUUAAGAAGAAGGAUAUAUUAUCAACAAAAUAUGUUUUGGUUCCCAUUGUGCUGUGGUCUCACUGGAGUCUGUUGAUCUUAUGCAACUUUAAUCCAAGCCUUCAGUCCAAAUCUCCUUGCAUGUUGUUGUUGGAUUCCCUUCAACAAACAGAUCCUACGAGGCUUGAACCUGGUUCAUAUUGGACGUAUAUCAGCUUUACCAGAUACCAGAAACUAUGCAUUCUAUUCGCAAAAUCCCUUUUCUGAUUCCUAAGGUUCCGCAGCAGAGAAAUGGUGUAGAGUGCGGAAAGUUUGUUUUGUAUUAUCUCAACUUGUUCAUAGAGAAUGCUCCUGAAGAUUUCAGCAUUAGUGGUUCUGAGGGCUACCCUUACUUUAUGAGAGAGGACUGGUUCACACAUAAAGAGUUCGAUAACUUCUGGAAAGAACUGAAAGCCAAACAAAAUUCUUCGAGCUUACUGGAAUAGAGAGCUCAACAGUACCCUAUGUAGCUGUUGUAUAGGUUGGAGUUGAUGCAUGUAACCCAGAGAGAUCCAGUGGAGAUGAACUGAUAUAAUCAUAUUUCAGGACUUUCUAUCCUUUAAAAAAUUAUUUUUAGCUAACUUCAGGACCUUCAUGUAGGCCACAUUGUGUUACCUUUUGUAUGUCUUAGAACGGAAAUGGCAUUUCAGGAGUGCCUUUACAAUUGUACUCAGUUAUCUCUGUUGCCAUGUUUUGACAUUAAAAACCAAAUUGCGGCUCAAGUUAUAGUUUGACUGCAGUAGGCUCUGCAAGAUCAAAGAAUGGAGAACAUCUUUUGUAAUUGAUUCGUACACUUGAUUCGCACUCACUUUUGCAUCCAGUAUCCUAUCAGUACCAUAUAGCAACACUCAUACAAUUCGGAACAUCUUGUGCUCAGAGAUCAUCCAUGAUGGGUUGUUAGUGAUGCCUGAAAGUUCUAGUUCUCCACUUUCAAACGCUUUCAGCGGGAUCUGCAAAAAGAAGACAGUGUUAGAACAGAGGAAAUGGAGAAAUGAAUGACAACAAAAUGAUCAAAAAAGUCUUUUCAAGUAUCAUUGGAGCCUCCAAUGUUGUUUCAUAAGGCCAAUAUCACUGAAAACAAGAUCUUUCUAGAGACAUGUGGAACAACAGAUCCUAUAUCAGCCUUGCUUUCCCAACUCAAAUUCAGUUCCCAAACUAAAAUGUGUUCGCCUGCACUCUCAGCUCACAAAUUUGCACUAUAGCUUCAAGGCAGACAUAAAUCCUCAAGCUCUAGGAUCUAUUUCUUUCAUGAAAUCAACCAGCCAUUGCAACACUGGCAAAACUGACAGCAACAAAUCUUCAAAAAUAUUUUCCAUUGCCUACCAUUACAAUGAAGACUGCAUGUUUUGAGAUAGAUUGCAAUAAACUGAUAAAACUCAUACAAUACAGAAUAAGAAAAACUUUCAAGAACAGAACUUGUAACAUGAAAAUGGAAAUUGACAUAAUUUAUCAACCAAAUUUUAACAUGUAUGCUACAGUUUUUAUGAAGAAUCUAGUUGGGAUCCAAUGCAAAACACUGCGAUUUUGAUUGAAGAAUCAGGCUUCACGGUUCAGGCACCCCCUCUCAGUUAACAGUUAAGAAUCUCCUGUCGGCUAACAGUUAAAAGUAGUUUCAAGUCGAAAAUAAUGUUCAUCUGCCA